GUAGACAUUGGAGUAGCGUCAUUCACCAGGUCUCAGCAUGGAGGUCAGAGGGGUGUGUGUGCUUCUGGGAGUUCUACUAUUGGUGAACUGUUCAUUUCAGCAGACUCCAGCAAAGAAGAGGACCCUGAAAAAAGACACAGCAAAGGACGCUGCGAUCGAGGAGCUGCAGAAACAGAUCAACGCCAUCGUUCAGGAGCUCAACUUGCUCAAGGAACAUCAAGCCCUGCAGACAGUCUGCCUGAAAGGAAAAAAGGUUCAUAACAAGUGUUUCCUCGCCAACGUGGUGAGAAAACAAUAUCACACCGCCAGCGAGGACUGCAACGCCAUGGGUGGCGUCCUCGCCGCGCCCACAUCUGGCGACGAGAACGACCAGCUCAGAGACUACGUCCGCCAGAGCAUCGGCCCGCAUGAGCAGGCCUGGCUGGGCAUCCAAGACAUGGCGACGGAGGGCACCUGGGCGGACCCCAUGGGCUCCAGCAUCACCUUCAAAAACUGGGACACCUCCAACUCCCGGGCCCCACAGCCGGAUGGAGGCAAGGCCCACAACUGCGCCGUCCUGUCCGGGGCCGCCGGCGGGAAGUGGUUCGACGAGAACUGCCGCGAGGAGAAGCCGUCGGUCUGCCAGUUCAACAUCGUUUGAUCACAAGCGCCGCAACAUACGUUCGGUGCGAGAACCACAAGACAACAAAUAUUUCCUCAACAAAGUAGUUUGCUAGCCUUGUAGUCUCCCUCAAUGUAUAGCCUGAAGAAUCAUGAAUAAACUAUAAA